AAUCACUUUUCAGUAGAUACACAACAGUAAACAAAUUAAUACACAACUGCGCACACCAAUCGAUAACAAGUGUAAUUGCACAUUUUUCGAUUGGCAAUCGAUAAGAGCUUGUGCCUUUAUUCAAAUCAAAAUACAAAUCAACUUAAAAUUAAUUGAUUUGCAAAAUUAUGGAGGCGACACCCCCAGCCAACAAUAGUAAUAGCAACAGCAACAACGACAUGGACGAUAUACAGUAUUUGCUGCACUUGGAGGCCAUCAAACGCUACAAGGACGACGAGAAGGAAAUGCACCGCCAGGUGGAGGAGCAAGCGCGCAUCUACAUGGACGCCAAGCGGGAAUAUCAACGUGAAUACGCUCGUCUGGCCAACCUAAACAAACAAUUGUUGCUCAGUGAUGCGUUGCAGGCACCGCAGACGCAAAUCAACGACACCCAAGUGGAUGACACCAUCCGCAAAUUGAGCACAUCGAGUGCGAUCCUCUCGAGAACAAGUCGUCCCACCGAGCUGGAUGUGCGUGUGCUGGAGGAAUGCAAGGAGCAGCUGCAGCGGCAGCAUUGCAAGCCACGCGACCAAUUGGCCCAAUAUCAGCGAAACUUUGCCGAGAAUCGUGAGACACUGAAAUCUGUGUGCAGCACUUUGGAUAACGUGGAGAAGAACUUUGAGAAGGCAACGCUGGUGGCGAUGGAUCAAUACAUAAAAGAGAUGCAGACACCAUAGUCAUUUGGUUUAUCAUAUAUACAUAUAUUAUAUAUUAGUUGCGAUAUUAAUAAAGGAACAUUUUCAACAAAAUAC